AUCAGCAUGCGUGUUAGGUUUUUAGAGUUUGAGUAUCGCCGGUUAAAAUGAACCGUAAUUUUUAUAAAAAUACCAACUUUAUUAACAUAUUCUUACUGAUAUUUGUAUUUUUUUGUGAAAUAUUAUCAUCAGAAGUUCCUAGGCCUAGAGGUGUAUCACUUUCGAGAGCUGCUUUGUACCCACCUGACAAAGACUUUACAUGUUUCGAUGGAAGCAAAACUAUACCAUUCAACAGGGUGAAUGAUGAUUAUUGCGAUUGUUUAGAUGCUAGUGAUGAGCCAGGAACGGCUGCUUGUCCCCAUGGAAUUUUUCAUUGCACAAAUGCUGGACAUAAGCCAUUAAACCUACCUGCGAAUAGGGUAAAUGAUGGUAUAUGUGAUUGCUGUGAUGGUACUGAUGAGUACGCUUCCGAAACGUCAUGUCGCAACAAUUGUAUUGAAUUGGGGCGAAGUGCUAGAGAAGCUGCACAACGCAGGGCAGAGCUUAUAAAGGCUGGCAAACAAUUGAGGGCAGAAAUGAGUCAAAAAGGUAUUUUAUUAAAACAAGAAAAACAAGUUAAACUAACUGAACUGCAGAAAAACAAGGAUGAAGCGGAAAAAUUAAAAGUAGAAAAGGAAGCAUUGAAAAAGGAAAUAGAAGAAUUAGAGGGAACUGCACUGGAAUAUUAUAAAAAAUUAGAAGAUGAGGCUAAACAGAAAAAAGCUGAGGAAGAAGCCGCUGCUAAUAGGGCCGAAGCGACUGAAGCUUUUAAUCGCUAUGACUCAAAUCAGGAUGGUUGGUUGGACAUUUCUGAGAUGAAAACAAGAACAACUUUUGAUAAAGACAGAAAUGGAGAAGUUUCUGACGAAGAAGCCAAAUUUUUCUUAAAUCUCCAAGAAUCCGUACAAUUGGAUGCAUUUAUCAGUGAUUGUUGGAAAAUCAUCAAACCAUUUGCAAUGAUGGAAGCCACUGGUCAAAGAAUCGUUGAAAAAAAGGCUGAAGAUGAGAAACCUACUGAAGCUGAAGACAUGCAAGGAACUGAAGAUGGUGAAGAACAAAGUCAAGAAGAUGAAGAACAAGAAGAUUAUGAAGAUGAAGAAGAACCCCAUGACCAAGAGCAGACAGAGGAACCGGAACCAACUCAAGAACCCCUAAAAAUUCAAUAUGAUCCUGAAACUCAACAGCUUGUAGAUAGAGCUAACAACGCCCGAGGUGAGUUCCUCGAGGCAGAACGUCACGUUCGUGACAUUGAAACCGAAAUAACCAAUAUCCAAUCAUAUUUGGAAAAAGAUUUUGGUACCGAAGAAGAAUUUGCAGCUCUAGAAGGUCAAUGUUUCAAUUAUGAAGACCACGAGUAUAUCUACAAGUUAUGCCCGUUCGACAGGACCACACAGCAGCCGAAAUCGGGCGCUGCCGAAACCAGAUUGGGAUCGUGGGGCCAAUGGACGGGUCCCGAUGGUAACAGGUACGAACAGAUGACCUACGAUCGAGGUCAAUCUUGCUGGAACGGCCCCACCAGGUCGACCAUAGUCCGAGUUGGAUGCGGUAGCGAUAAUAAAUUGUUAAGUGUGUCGGAGCCUAAUAGGUGCGAAUAUUUCUUUGACUUCGUAACGCCGGCUGCUUGUUACGAAGCCCCCGUUGACGUGCACGAGGACCUGCACGACGAGUUGUGAGGACUUGAACGUUUUGUUGUAUGGUUUACACAAUAUCUCGCUAGGACUGCACAAUCGAUGAUUAGUGCAACGUAUUUUUCUGAAGACACUCACGAUCUUUUUUGGAUUUGCGGUUGGAGAUAUUGGCUCAAUACUAUUAAUUAGUUUCGACCGUUUCUGCCGUUUUUUU